AUGAGACUCUUCUUAUUUUGCCUUUCGAUCUUCGCACCCCUCUUCGUGAUAGGAUCCAUAUGGGAAGUGAUUGAGGAAAUCAAUAGGAAAAAGGCAUCCAACCCAUACGGAUUCGAGAAGCUACUCGGCAAAGAAGAUGCCAAUCACGUAGUCAAGUGGCUCGAAGGCGAUGCAAAAGCAGAAGGAGAGGAUUUUGAAAAUUUGAAAGAUUCUUAUGUAAAAGAAUUUGGCGUCCACCGCGCUCCAAUAUCUAGCAAGGUGUUGGUCAACUGGAUCGAUUUCAAGCUAACAGACAUUCAUAAGUUGCAACGCAAUCCACCAUCCGGGUCAAAAACGAGAUAA